UGCAAUAAUUUACUAGGGUGCAAAACAGCUUAUAAAAGAGUGUUGGAGAUCUCUGGUACUACUACAGCAACCUAGCUGUUUGCAAGAAAAUACAAAGUUUGCAGAGAAAGAGAGUUUUUGUGAAGUCUGUUAAGCAAUUCUCUCUCUCUCUCUCUCUACAAUCUGUCUCUGAAAAAGAAAAAGAGAAGAUAUGGGUAGCAGUUAUUUUGGGGAGCCAAACCUAGGAAAUGAAAGAUCAUCAAGGAGAGGGAAGAAGAGUAAUUCAGACAAGCCUAGGCAGCCUCAAAGAGGACUUGGUGUUGCUCAAUUAGAGAAGAUCAGACUCCAUAGCCAAAUGGGUUGUACCUACCUUCCUCCUCCUUCCCUUCAUGCUCCCAAUUAUCCUACUAACCUCAACCAGGAGGAUAUGAGAUUACAAACACCCUAUUCAUCAUUGCCAUCAUCAUCAGCUUCCUUCUCUUAUACCACAUCAUCCUCAUCCUCAUCUUCUUAUGGUUUCCAUGGCCAACAAAACAUCAUGAUGGGGUUAGGUGACUUAGAAAGACCAAAUAUGGGAUAUGGUGAUUCCCAUCCUAGAACAACAACAAGAUGGAACCCUGGCAAUGACAUGUUAGUGACCCAACAAUUUGCACAACCCGGCAUGGAAAGACACUUUCUGAACCAGCAAGUUGAGAAUUCACUUCAAAACAAGAGAAAGAAAGACAGGAGUGAUUCGAUAGGCUCUGGCAGUCAGAAUUCCGAAACAAGUGACACUCAAGAACUGGAUUUGGAGCUUAGACUUUCUCUUUAGACUACAACUUUAUGCGAUUCAAUGUAUGGAUUCACCUUUUGUUUUUCUUGUUUUGUUUUUGUCAUCUUACUUAUGUUUUGAAAAUUCGACAUAACAAGUUGAAUCUACAAAGUUGAACAAGAGCAAUUUGAUGGACUUGUAUUAAAGUUCUAUUUGGGAGGACUCUCUAGUCUAAUGAAAAUUAAAUUGACUUCACUUAAAAAUGA